AUGCUGCACCUGGAAGUGCAGCAACUCGCAGCGUCUCUGGCGCGGCUGCACUCCCUCAGACCACUGAGAGGCAUGGGGCAUUUUGCUGCUGCUGCAGUGGCGUUCGAUCGAUUCCUGCAUGCUCAACAGAUGCAGCAGACGUCACCCCCGCCAGACGCAGAAGCAUCACCAGCAGCAGGAGCAGCAACAGCAAGGCCCUCUGGUGAAGCUUCUUCGUCGCAGUUGAGGCCCCUUCUGCACACACACGAGCCGCCGCGGGGCCUGAAGGAGGCGGAGAGGAGAAUUCGUUUCUUCUGUUCGCUUGUCACCCUUGGGGCUACAGAUCCGUCUUUGUUCUCAGGCGUUGCUGCCUGUCUCCCCUCUGAAGCCCAAAUCUACUCCUUCACCUUGCACCAGCCGACGCACCAGCAGCAGAUGAGCAACACCCGAGCAGCAGGAACAGCAGCAGCAGCAACGACGGCGUGCGCGCAGCAGCUUCCCCUAAAACUACUGCAGCGCCUGUUGUUUGCAUGCAGCUGGGUGGGCGAGUGGCCCCUCGUGGUGUUGGGCCUGAAGAUCCUCCGCCACCGCCUGGAAACUCUCACGCUGCAGCGUUUGCUGGAUGCACGUUCUGCUGCUGCCUGUGGCAGCAGAGGCAGCCGGGGACCUGAGGAAGCUGCAUUCAAAACAGCAGCAGCAGGAGCAGCAGCAGAAGAGGAAGCUGAUGAGCGACAUACAGCUGAACUCAAGAACACGCAUGGGAAAUGGCGCCCAUUCAAGGGGGGCCCCUCUCCUCGUGUCUCAUCCUUUGCCUCCUCCCCCCGAUCAAAAGGAGACAUAAUACAACUCCAGGAUGCCUUGUGCGGUCUGGCCUCAGCUGCAACGCUGUGGGCUGCUGUCAGUGGCUUCAGGAGGCAGCGCCCCGAAGACGUCGCUCUUCUUACAUUCUCUCUCAUCCCCUUCUGGAUCCAGGCGCAGCAAGAUGAAGGCGCUGCGCCUGUGCACACGCAGCAGCAGGUACACACCAUCCGCGCUGCAGCAGCAGCAGCAGCGGCAGCAGAACACGACGGAACUCACGCGCUGCACCACCAACAAACCCAGCGGAUGCAGGAUGCACCGAAUUUCACCGCAUUGACCCGCAGUUUGAGAGGCUUUCACACAUUUUCUUCAGUUUCGGGUGUAUCUCCAGCUCGUUAUGUUGAUCCCUCUGCUAUCGAGCAGAGGGAACGAAGCGUUCCACCGUUGCUGUUCCUCCUCGGGUAUAAUAUCCUCCGUCUCCGCCGCAGCAGAGGGAACGAAGCGUUCCGAAUUGUAUCAGAUGCAGCUUCAACAGCAACAGCAGCAGCAGGAGAAGCAGCAGAAACAGCUACGGGUACAGGGCGCUCAGUCGGUGCUGCUGGUGUUGCAACUCAGCAGCACCAGCACCAACUCGGCACCGAAGCAGAAGCAGCAGCAGCACAGCUCCUACUGCGGGUGGUCGCUGCGAUUGAAGAAAGCGUCUCGUUCCCGGAGGCUGUCAACGCUUGGUACCGUACGGGGGCCCCCGGGGGGGGCCCUAGGGGGCCCCGUGGCGAACCCCUCAAGACACAGCGCGACGGAGAUUCAUUUUUCAGCUCCGCAACUCUCACUAGGAGUACCGGGCAGUCGAGGACUGCUACUGCUGCUGACGCUGCUUCCGUGACGGCGACUUCUGGGGCUCCAGUUGCAGCCAGGCCAGCUGAGAUUCGUCGUGCAGGGAUGCGGGAGGUUGGAUCUUUCUUAUGGUCUUUAAACCGUGCUGAAGGCGGCCUGGGUGCCGCCGAAACCAUGGAUGCUGAUGCUUCACUAUCUGCUGCUGCUGCUGCAGCUGAAACACAGCUGUCGCCCUUCGGGAGCAGUGAGAGGCACGCGAAGCCGUUAACUCUGCAGCAAGCAGCACGACUUGCAGCCCGCAGCAUCAGGCGGCCUGGUGGGUUUGCUGAUAAGCUGGCGUUAUAUUACCUGAAACGCGCCGCCAUAUUCUGUGGGUCACAUUCAGUGCCUCACAGUAUCAUUAGCAUAACUCUACUACCGUUACAGAGUCUAUCGGGCUCUGCUGCUGCUGUGGGUGCUGGUGCUAUUGGUGCUGUGGCACUUGCUGCUGUUGUAGCUACUAUUGAAGAGGCUCAGCGUAUUGCUUCAGCGUCACUCUUGCUUUCGCUGCGUGCAUUUGCUGUUGUAUGCUGCAGGUCUGGAAUUGUGCAUGCCCCGCUAUUAGCAGCAGAAUGCGGGAUGCUGCAGCUUUUUCAUUUGCUGCGGCCGCUGGCUGCUGUUGCUCGCGCGGGCCCAGAGGCGUCUGACUCCGAAUCCGGGGAUCGGGAUCGUCUUAGCGAUCCUCUUGUCUCUGCAGCAGGUGACCGCGGCUCAACAAGUCUGCAAGAAGCAAUGGCUGAGCAGCAGCUGAUUGACCCGAACAAGAGCAGCAGCAGCAACAGCAGUGUGUUCCGUCUGCUGCACGAGGCGGACGCUUUCCUCUUCGCUGUGGCUGCGGCUUUGCUGCGGCUCGCCCAAAACAUUUCAGCUCUUCCGGUGGACUCGCCGAGGACAGCAGCACAAAUACAGCUGUUGCUGCUGGCUUCGAGCGAUUUCGCAACUCUGCUGCAUGCACACUGCUGCUCAACAGGAGCAGGUGCAGCAGCAACAGAAGGGGAGAAGGCAGCUGCGCCGAAUCCCUCUGGGGUGACAGCGUCAGCGGAGUUUCGUCUUGUGAUGCAGGAGCUUCUUUCAAUAUUCAGCAGGCUUGUUGUUCGGCAUGCUCCUCAGAUUCAGGAGUCUUUAGCGCUGCUAGCAGCAGCAGCAGAAACCCUCAGUCUAUGCGGAAGACACGUGACUCUUCCAUCGGGAUCUAAGAAGGCAUUAGAGGCAUUUGCUUCUGCUGCUAUUGCUGCGCUCCGUCAACCACCCCAACACCAUGCAGCCCAGCGGGGGGCCCCCAGCUCGCCCGCCUCCCCGCCGCAGCGAGGAGGCGGACCGGAAGAGCUGAGGAGGCUGGCCACCGCGCUGGAGGCCCUUAAAUUUGUUGAACUGAAAUAA